UUUAAACAACAUAACCUGAAAGAAAUCUACCACUAUUCGGUUCUUUUACUUUCACGUACACGUUUUCGCGAGUGUGUUCCCUAGGACGUUUUUUUUUUUUAAAAACCUGAACCUAAAGUAAGUACAACUUUUUCAUAUUGUUCGAAUUAAACGAAUACUGUUAUUCACCAUAAGAUAAUCAAAUAUGACCAACUCAAAAGGUUAUAGGCAUGGAACUAGGGACUUGUUUUCCAGAAGAUUCCGUAGACAUGGAGUCAUUCCUUUGUCAACAUACAUGAAAGUGUAUAAGGUCGGCGAUCGAGUUGAUAUCAAGGGAAAUGGAGCAGUACAAAAGGGUAUGCCUUACAAAGUCUAUCACGGUAAAACAGGACGAGUAUUCAAUGUAUCUAAACACGCUCUUGGAGUAAUUGUUAAUAAAAGAGUCCGCAACCGUAUUAUUGCUAAGAGAAUUAACAUUCGUAUUGAACACGUCAAUCCAUCAAAAUGUCGAGAUGAUUUCUUGAGACGUGUAAAAGAAAAUGAAGAAAAGGUGGCCGAUGCUAAAAAGAAGGGAAUCCGAGUGUGCCUUAAACGCAAACCUCAAGGACCCCGACCAGGUCACAUAGUAAGAGGAACGGAUCCAAUCAGUUUAGCUCCUCUACCUUAUGAAUUCAUUGCUUAAUUGCUGUUUUAAAUAUAAAUGUCGAUUUAAACACA